UUCGCCUGACAACCAGAGCUGGGAGGUAACGGCGCGGAGAGGCGAGACAACAAGAGGGAGAAAGAGCGAGCAAAGAUUAGCCAAAGGAAAACUACAGGACGGCGUGUGACAGCACGACCUCCGAGAGGACCUCUGUGCUUUGUGUAUAUGUAGACGUUAUCAGCCCACCACCAUGACAGCAGAGGAGACCAUUAAUGUGAAGGAGGUGGAGAUCAUUAAGGUGAUGCUGGACUUCCUGAACUCACGGAAGCUGCACAUCAGCAUGCUAGCGCUGGAGAAGGAAAGUGGAGUGAUAAAUGGUCUCUACUCAGAUGACAUGCUCUUCCUCAGGCAGCUUAUUCUCGAUGGACAGUGGGAUGAGGUACUGCAGUUCAUUCAGCCUCUGGAGUGCAUGGACAAGUUUGAUAAGAAAAGGUUCCGCUACAUUGUCCUGAAGCAGAAAUUUCUGGAAGCACUGUGUGUGAACAAUGCCAUGUCAGCUGAGGAUGAGCCGCAGCAUCUGGAGUUCACCAUGCAGGAAGCUGUAAAAUGCCUCCACGCUCUGGAGGAGUUCUGCCCCUCUAAGGAGGACUAUAGUAAGCUGUGCCUGCUCCUGACCCUGCCCCGACUGACCAACCAUGCUGAGUUCAAGGACUGGAACCCCAGCACGGCACGUGUCCAGUGCUUCGAGGAAGCCUGUGCCAUGGUGGCAGAGUUCAUCCCGGCUGACCGCAAACUGAGUGAGGCUGGCUUUAAGGCUAGCGGCAAUCGCCUCUUCCAGUUACUAAUCAAGGGUCUCCUGUAUGAGUGCUGCGUGGAGUUUUGCCAGAGCAAAGCCACGGGUGAGGAAAUCACAGAAGCUGAAGUUCUGCUGGGAAUUGACAUGCUGUGUGGAAACGGCUGCGACGAUCUGGACCUCAGUCUGCUCUCCUGGCUACAAAACCUUUCCCCCAGUGUCUUCUCCUGCGCCUUCGAGCAGAAAAUCCUCAACAUCCACACAGACCGCCUGGUCAAGCCAGCCAAAGCAGCCUACGCUGACCUGUUGACCCCGCUAAUCAGCAAAUUGUCACCCUACCCAGCCUCUCCCCUUCGCCGCCCACAGUCAGCCGACACCUACAUGUCUCGCUCGCUCAACCCAGCACUGGAUGGCCUCUCUUAUGGCCUAUCAGGCCUGGAGAAGAGAGGAGGGGGCGGAACCACAGACGCAAGCAAGGCUUCACCCAUGUCACACUCAUUCGCUAACUUCCAGUACCCUGGUGGGCAGAACCUGAGCCGCAGUCUAAUGAUGGAGGAGUCACAGUGCCACAGCAUCUUCGAGGAGUCACCCGAGAGCUCCAGAACUGAAACUCCCUCUGAUAAAAUGAUGAGUUCAACAGGGCCUCAGAAUUCUCGCCCAGUCCCCUCCCCUGGUCAGGAUGCCCCAACUCCAUCAGAGAGAAAUGAGCUGCGGGACUCCACAGAGCAGUAUCAGGAGUACUACAGGCAGCGUUUGAGAGUACAGCAGCAUCUGGAGCAGAAGCAGCAGCAGAGACAGCUCUAUCAGCAGAUGCUGCUGGAGGGAGGAGUCCAGCAUCAGGAGACUCCACCCACUGCCAAGCACAACCUCACAGAGACCUUCCUCAACAGGUCCAUUCAGAAGCUGGAGGAGCUGAAUGUGGGGAUGGAUGAUCUAGGAGAAGAGGUUCAGGCUCUGUCUCUACAGUGUAAUGGUGGAGGGGGAGAGAUGGAUAGAUCAGCAGUGACAACCACAGACACCCCACAUCCCAAGGAGGGAGUCUCCAGCAGCACUCCACAGAAACCAGGAUCCAGAAAAGCUAUACAGCCCCCUGCUGAAUCCCCAGUGUUACCCCAGAGUGGACAGAAGGAGAAAGGAGGACACAGUGAUGGAAGCAUGACACGCACUAAAGCAGCAGAGCAGGGGGAGAAGUGUAAGGCGAAGUUUGUAGCAGUGGGCACUCUGGAAGACACUCAGGCUGUGCGUGCUGUGGCCUUCCAUCCGUCAGGAGCGAUGUACGCUGUGGGUUCCAACUCCAAAACCCUGCGUGUGUGUGCUUACCCUGACACACUCGACACCAGUGGCUCUAAUGCAUCUAAGCCCCCAGUGGUGCGCUUUAAGAGAAAUAAGCAUCAUAAAGGUUCCAUAUACUGUGUGGCCUGGAGCUCCUGCGGUCAGCUCCUAGCGACUGGCUCCAAUGACAAAUACGUCAAAGUACUGCCCUUCAACCCUGAAACCUGCAACGCUACAGGUCCUGAUCUGGAGUUCAGUAUGCAUGAUGGGACUAUUAGGGACUUGGCAUUUAUGGAGGGUCCUGAGAGUGGAGGAUCUAUUUUAAUCAGUGCUGGAGCGGGAGACUGCAACAUCUACACUACUGACUGUCAGCGAGGACAGGGGCUGCACGCUCUCAGUGGACACACAGGUCAUAUUCUCUCUCUGUAUACGUGGGGAGGCUGGAUGAUCGCGUCUGGCUCGCAGGAUAAGACCGUGCGCUUCUGGGACCUGCGUGUUCCCAGCUGUGUGAGAGUAGUGGGCACAGCCUUCCAUGGGUCAGGCAGUCCUGUAGCCUCAGUGGCGGUGGAUCCGAGCGGGCGUCUGUUGGCUACAGGGCAGGAGGACAGUGCCUGCAUGCUGUAUGACAUCAGAGGGGGGCGAAUGGUACAGACGUAUCGUCCACACACCAGUGACGUUCGCUCUGUCCGCUUCUCACCUGGAGCACACUACCUCCUGACCGGCUCCUAUGACGCCAAGGUCAUCAUCACUGACUUGCAAGGUGACCUUACGAAACAGCUGCCGUUGACUGUAGUAGGGGAGCACAGUGAUAAGGUGAUCCAAUGCAGAUGGCACCCACAGCACCUGUCCUUCCUGUCUUCGUCUGCUGACCGCACAGUUACGCUCUGGACACACAACACAUAAGGCUGCAGCUAGCCAGCAGGGGGAGACAACGUAACACAUCUCACUUUACUGAGCAAACUCACCUAGGUGGAUCUAAAUGUAAAUAGUGUGUGAGCGAGUGUGAGCGAGUGUGAGCGAGUGUGAGCGAGUGUGAGCGAGUGUGAGCGAGUGUGAGCGAGUGUGAGCGAGUGUGAGUGUGAGUGUGCGUGUGUGUGCGAGAGCAAGAUUGUAUGUUAUUUAUUAUUUAUGUGCUCUUUUUCUCCCUUUUCUCUGACAGCAUCUAUUGCUUGCUUCCUCUUUGUGAACAUUGUGUAUACAGUAGCAGUUACAUUUGUUACAGACCUUUGCAGGUGAUCUGCUUUACUAACUUCCAGAGCUUCUUCCUUGCAUCAGGAGAUUACAUAGAAUCUUCAAAACUGCAAAGAACUCUUCUAAACUUUUCAAGCUGGAUUUGUUUUGUCUGGGGAGGUACUGUAAUUUACAGUACCCCUAAAGUCAUCAUUUAAAGCCCAAAAAUAAAAUCUGUUGAAUAUUUAAUGUAUGAUUGUUAUGCCCAGACACUACUAAAAAAUGGCACAAUAACACUCAUUAAGAAUAUGUCCCCUUGCCUCCCAGUUCGCAUAACCACUCCCUUUCUCUUCCCCUCCAGGGAAAGAGUACACCCAUCUGUGUCCAAACAUGUUGAGCAAGUGAGUUGUGGUAUGUCUCUCUGUUGUGAGAUAUAGCAUAACAGAAACAAAUAAGCUCCUGCUGUGACAUUACUCAUCAGAACUCAAAGUAAAGCUUCAAAUCAUCACCUAUUAAGUGUUAAACCCAUUCAAUUUCAUUUAAGUAAAUGGGUUUAUCAUUUAAAUAAAUGCUGAACAUUUGACCUUCAAUUCCAGUCUGUGCAAUGAUAAUAAGCCAUCACAGGAGUGUUAACCAUAUGAAAAAACAUGUUGAUUGCACUUAAGGGUCUUCAAGUGAUCAGUCCUAAUCCACAAUGAAUCUGCGAUGUUCAUAAUUUCUACAGUCUGACAGUAAUAAUUCCAAAUUAAAUUAUAUUUAACUCCGAGUUCCCUCAGUAUAAGUAAUCUUGUUUGAAUCAGUUCACAAUGAUGUAAUAACAAAAGCUGCUAAUUGACCUGUGAGGUGUGUUGUUACUGAUUGGCAUCUGCUGUGUGACACUGAUCACUCAGUCAUAUUCCUUACAGAUUACAUUACAGAACCUCUACAGGUAAAACUAAUCCACUUUGAACGCGGUUUACAGCGAACAUCAUCUAAAAAAACAUUCCUACAGUCUAGUGUGUGUUCCAUAGUUAGAUUACAGUGGUUUUAUUGUUGGAAUUUGAACAAUUCAUCCAAGCUGCCUACAUCCAACCCCACCUUGAGCCCUUUUCUAUUUCUGGGGACUUUCUACACGGUACAUUUUAUAGUAUCCCUGAUCUGAACUACAGAUGACACAAUAUCACUGAAGCUGAACUCUUGAGGUCAAUACUGAUAUUGACAAAGCUUUAAAAUGAGCUUUUAAUUGAAGCACGUCACUAAAGAUUUAACACCUAAAAGUAAGCUAUCAUGUUCAAACUACUCAAACACUCUGCUACCCCACAAAACUAACAACAUCACCUCACUCAGUGUGAGCUAUUUCAGACUGGACUUGGUAGAGGACUGUUCUUUUUUUUUUUUUUUUUUCCUUCUGAUAUCCGGUCCAGUAUUUUCUGCUGAUAUGGAUUCGAUGCCAGUACCUGAAUGGGUUUAACAUAACUAGGCUUGGGUGGUAUCUGUUUUUGCAUACCUUAACACCUUUGUGACAUUUUAUCUAGUAUUUGUGUAACACACACACAGACAUUACAUUAAGAUGAGCUACUGGUGAUGUCAUAACUCAUUUUGUUGUCUCGUUUAGUGUUAUAUCUAAAUUUAAUUUAAAAAAUUAUUUGGUACCCACUUUAUGUGGUUACCAAUUAAGUUAACACAGUGCAUGAUUUCCAAACCAGCAUUCAACAAAUGUCCAAACCAUUUAUAGAACAACUGGUAAAUGUUAAACAAUGCUGCUAGAGAUGAGCUGGUAAGCAUUAGCUUCACUAUGAUAGUCAUAAUAUUUAUCAUAGUCAUAUGAGCCCUUAAUUUAACUGAGCUUUGGCCUGACUCAGUGAAGUUUGUUAUUUAUGAUGCUGAAAUUGGCUUCCUAUUCACCAGCUUCAUUUACUUUCUGAAGCCUGACUAUAAUACUACUAGAAUGUAACUCCUGCACCAUUUAAGGUGGAACAAGUAAAUUCAAAGAAGCAGUUUCCGAAUGUUCUGUUCUCUGCUGCCAUGAUCUUACCUAAAGGUAUUCCAGGGCAGCCACAGAGCGCACCCAUUUAACAGUAUAGUGCAGAAUUGAGUGACUGGUGUUGGUGUAAAAGCAGAAAUCGAACAUCAUUUGUUGUGUGUGCAGAGAACAGGCGGUUCUGAUGUGUCUAGCUCUUCCUCACGGCUGAGCUGUUAUCAUGCUUAGAUUUUCCUGGCUCUGAUGUCAUCAUUUUCAAGUACCAUCAUCAUUUUUACAUACUGUAUUUAAACACCGUGUUACUGUCACACUGCCCAAGCCUAAUCUGAUCACGUGCCAUCUCUACCUCCGAAUUCGUCAGGUAAUUAACAAGCACAUCCGCUAAGUCAGUUAAGUCAGAAGCUAAAAUCUGAAGUACAUGGGUUCCAAGCACUGAACCUCUGGCUGAACUACUUUUCUGGGAAAGUUUCAUAUUUGUGGAUGAGUGUUUUUGCUUUUUUUUUAUCUGGGAAUGAAUACAGAUAUGCUCUGAACUGUGCAACCAACCAUUCAAGAAGUCCUCACAGCUGUCAUGUGAAUAGACGCUUUGCUGAAAUGUGCCGUGUGUGCAGUGCCUUGAGACAGUCAUUUAUAAAGCUUUACAUAUAUUCCUCUAACCAUUCAACAUACGUGGAGCUCAAAAGAAGUGACCCAGGUUGGUGUAAAUUCCAUUACAGUACUUACAGUUCAGUUGAAAUUCAGCUAAUGAGCUGAUAGCACACUUGACCUUCAGUGGUACCUUUUAAUUCCGUGAUUUGAACCUAUCUGCUGAAUCGUCACUGUUAGCACACAGUGAAUUUAUGUGGUUACACUGUCCAUCUUCUCACUAGAAACAGCUUUUUUGCUGCUAACUAUGCUAAAACGGAAACAAAAAACGAGUGUACCUUCAAUAUUGUGGUUUAUAGUGCUGCAAAGAGUCUGUAUCUGGGAGCUUAUUGUGCUGCACUAUGCUAUUGCUAAACUAGCAAACCCAUCCGUUAUUUGUAUGAAUGUAAAUCCAGCGAAGUGAGUGUCUCUUUACAGUUCAAAAGUCAAAUCUCCACACUUUGACCUGAAUAAUAAAUCUGUGUCCAUCUCUUAUGAAUGCUUAAGAAAUUGAUGUGAACAAAAUAUUACUUUCUUUUGAAUGCUGACCUAGAAUGAAACUCGCGUCAUUUUAAAUUCAUGUGAAGAAGCUCCAUAUCAGCAGUUGUUCUGAUGUUCAUGGGCUCUUCAGCAUAAAGGGAGCAACUUCAACAUUAAUGUGACACUGAUGAUGCUGAUGACUUUUAGGUCUUUCUCCAUUGCUCUUUUUCUCUCUACUGUGUUUUCUUGUACUUUGUUGGGGAGCUUGUAAUAAUUUUACCAUGAUGUAGAUUUUAUUUAUUUCAGUCGUUUUCAUUUUUUAUUGAUAGUUUAUUUUAUAUCAGAUCUAAACUAACAUGGGCAUAUUUAUUUUACCACCUAAGUUAAAGAGCGUUGAUCUAAUUUCUCAUUGAAAUUACAGUUUGUUGUAGGUAGCUUUUUUAAAACUGUCAUUAACAGCUUAUGGAAAACACAAGUGUGCUGCUGUGUAGUCAAAAUAAAGGCAUUCUUUGUCACUUUCA